CUCCCAACCGACUGCCAAUUCGCUUUGUUCGACUCCACGUCCCUCUCGCCCUCGCCCUCUCUCUCCUCGGUAACCAUCUGCGCUCUCCGCAACAAUGCAGCGAGCAACGUACGCCCGCUCGCCCCCGCUACACCAUCCCGUUCCUCAGCACGUCUCGACGGUGCCCCAGCUCAGAUCCCCGCCGCCGCCGGUACCGCAACCACAGCAUGGCUACGCUGGCAGCCCUUACCAGCAACAGCCGGCCCCCACGCCGUCGUCGGGGGCCAACAUGUUCGGGCAGUACGGCAACUUCAUGAACGAUCCGGCCGCGCAAAUAGCCUCGCAGUUCGGCCAGACGGCGUUCCGGCACGGCCAGGAAUACAUCGAGCAAAACGUUAACCGCUUCGUCAACGUCUCGGCGCUCAAGCACUACUUCGUGGUGACCAACUCGUACGUGAUAAGCAAGCUGUUCCUGGUGCUGUUCCCGUGGCGGCACAAGCCCUGGACGCGGCGCCAGGCCACGGGGGGGCCGUCCGGGCAGGAGGCCUGGUACCUGCCGCCGCGCGACGAUAUCAACAGCCCGGACAUGUACAUCCCCGUCAUGUCGCUGGUCACGUACAUCUUCCUGCAGGCCCUCAUCUCGGGGCUCAAGGGCCAGUUCCAGCCGGAGCUGUUCGGCUACAUCGCGACGGUCGCGCUGGUGGCCGUCGUCGUCGAGAUCCUCGGCCUGAAGCUGGGCUGCUACCUGCUCAACAUCUCGAACGAGUCGCAGCUGCUGGACCUGGUCGCGUACUCGGGGUACAAGUUUGUCGGCGUCAUCGUGACCAUCAGCGUGGCCGAGGUCGUUAACGGCGGGAAGGGCACCGGCGGUUGGAUCGGGUGGGCCGUGUUCAUCUACACCUUCUUGGCGAACUCGCUGUUCCUGAUGCGGUCGCUCAAGUACGUCCUGUUGCCCGAGAUCAACAGCGACAGCCGCGGGCCCAUGCCGACCAUGCACCCGCUUGAUUCGCGGGCCAAGAGGAACCAGCGCACCCAGUUCCUCUUCUUUUACUCGUAUAUCGUUCAGCUGUUCUUCAUGUGGAUCCUCUGCCGGUCCUAAGCGGCAAUCUGAGGUGCGGCACUAAGGAUUGGGGGCUGGAUGUUGUUGAUGGGCUAUCGCGAAAGCAGCGGUGUUCGGUAGCGGCUGUGGGAUAGAAGACAUGUACGGAAUACUGAAUAUCACACCUUGAUGCAAGCAGGAAAUGCAUGAAUUGCGACUGGGGCUAUGGUGACCACACUAUCCCGGUGGCAAAGCUGUCCAGAAAUGUUUCCUAACCCCUAUCGAGUUGGCUCAAUAAGUCUGCUGUUUGUAUACCACAAUUUUCCUUUUGAAGGCAACGAUUGAAUCGACACCUACGGCCAAACCACCCACUUAUAUUCCGUGCAGUCCGAGAAGAGCAGCCGAGCGCAAGU